AUGGCAGAUGUAGCAACUCCCGCUGAGAAGAAGGCUCCUCCCAAAUUCAAGCAGAGGACCGUGCGCACCUUCAAGAGCAAGGCACCUAAACCAGGCCAGAAGGGAUUCGGAGACGACAUCCCCGGUAUGGAGGGUCUCGGCACUGACAUCACAGUGAUCUGCCCAUGGGAAGCCUUCGGGGACAUGGAGCUCAGUGACCUGGCGAAAUAUGGAAUUAUUUAG